UGCUCAAUUAGAGCCCAGCCCAUUCUUUGCAUGCCCAUAUUAUAUAUGAUAUGUACCUUCUACCCAAUUGAAGCGGGAAAAAAAGCACCAGAGAGACAGAGAGAGAGAGAGAGAUGGCGCCACUCGUACACAGCUCCCAGCCAUGGGUCGAGAAAUAUCGACCCAAGCAAGUGAAGGACGUAGCUCACCAGGACGAAGUCGUUCGUGUUCUCACAAACACCCUCGAGACCUCUAAUUGCCCGCAUAUGCUGUUCUAUGGUCCUCCCGGAACAGGCAAAACCACAACAGCGCUUGCCAUAGCGCACCAGCUUUUUGGACCUGAACUCUACAAAUCUAGAGUGCUGGAGCUGAAUGCAAGUGAUGACCGUGGGAUCAAUGUAGUUCGCACAAAAAUAAAGAACUUUGCUGCUGUUGCUGUAGGUUCUGGACGUCAAGGGGGUUAUCCUUGCCCACCUUUUAAGAUAAUUAUCCUAGACGAGGCAGAUUCCAUGACUGAAGAUGCUCAGAAUGCUUUGCGGCGUACCAUGGAAACAUACUCUAAAGUCACAAGAUUCUUUUUCAUUUGUAAUUACAUAAGCAGGAUUAUAGAGCCGCUUGCUUCUAGAUGUGCAAAGUUUAGGUUCAAACCACUUUCAGAAGAAAUCAUGACCAGUCGUAUAUUGCAUAUUUGUAAUGAGGAAGGCUUAAAUCUGGAUACAGAGGCUCUUUCAAUGUUAAGUUCCAUCUCACAGGGCGAUCUUCGUCGGGCUAUAACAUACUUACAGGGAGCUGCUCGCCUCUUUGGAUCAUCUAUUUCUUCCAAUGACUUGAUCAGUGUGUCAGGGGUCAUCCCUCAGGAGGUUGUUCAGGCUUUUUUUUCAGCUUGCAAAAGUGGUAAUUUUGACUUGGCAAAUAAGGAAGUCAAUAAUGUAAUUGCAGAGGGAUAUCCAGUUUCUCAGAUGCUUUCUCAGUUGUUUGACAUAGUUGUCGAAGCAGAUGGUGUAUCAGAUGAACAGAAAGCAAAAAUAUGCAAGAAAUUGGGUGAAGUGGAUAAGUGUCUUGUUGAUGGAGCAGAUGAGUAUUUGCAGCUGUUGGAUGUGGCCAGCAAUACUAUGCGAGUACUUUGCAACAUGCCGCUAGAAUUUUCAUACGAGAAUUAGGUGGACUGAGGUACGAUUUUUAUAUCAAAUCAUGUAGAAACAAACCGUUUAGAAGAGGUUUACACAAAAUCAAAACAAUGCUUUCGCAUGCUAAAUAUCUAUGCAUGUUUUAAUGUUUACACUUCAUGGAGAUGGCCUUUUCUGCUCUAUUCUCUUACCAAUGAAGAAAACAUUGCAUGUUUGAUGUUUGUGGACGGCACAUGCAUUACAAACUGGGUUAUGUUAAUUGGGCAUUGAAUGUGCUAUGACUCAAUUCUAUGAUUUUGCUUUACGGUUCAAUUUGUAGUUUUCUCGGUUCAA